AAACGCGGGCCGCGAAUCGUUCCUAUAAAUUCUCCACUGAAAGAAGCGUAUAUACGGAGCCAGUAACCAGUUCCGAAAAGUCUAUCCCCGCGUAUCAGAACUCAUCCAUUUUCUUCACAUCUGAGAGAGAGAUGGCUUGGAGGCGACUUCUCACGCAGGUUGCAAGAAAGCGAUUGGACUUGCUGCAUUCUAGUGAACUGGGUGGUAGACCUCACCUCACUUUGUACAAGUUCCAAGGUGGCAGUGGGAGUAGGUUGAUAAGUUUUCAAGAAAGGUUCCAAUCAAGUUAUGUUGGCAAUUUUGCCCGUAGAGUACGCGACACAGAUGGCAUGAAUGAUGUGGCAUUUCUGAGAGAGCUUCAUGCUCGCAACGACGCAGAAGGAGUAAUUGAACUAUUUGAAAGUCGGCCUUCACUUCAUUCUAACCCAUCGGCACUUGCUGAAUAUGUCAAAGCAUUGGUUAAAGUUGAUAGGCUGGAUGAAAGCUCAUUGCUCAAGACAUUGCAGAGAGGAACUGGCAGCUCGCCAAAGGACAAAGCAAGUUUUGGUGGUCUUUCAGCUUUGAGGAAUGUGGGUCAGUCUACCAAAGAUGGUAUCCUUGGAACUGCCAGUGCUCCCAUUCAUAUGGUGACGGCAGAAGGAGCGCAUUUCAAAGAGCAGCUGUGGCGCACAUUCCGCACUAUCGCCUUAGCAUUUCUCUUAAUUUCAGGUGUUGGAGCACUCAUUGAGGACAGAGGAAUCAGUAAAGGGCUUGGUCUAAAUGAAGAGGUGCAACCUAGCAUGGAAUCUAAUACAAAAUUUAAUGAUGUAAAGGGGGUAGAUGAAGCCAAAGCUGAGCUGGAGGAAAUUGUCCACUAUCUGCGAGAUCCUAAGCGGUUCACCCGGCUUGGAGGCAAGCUCCCCAAAGGCGUUUUGCUUGUUGGCCCACCAGGGACGGGUAAGACAAUGUUAGCAAGAGCCAUUGCCGGAGAGGCUGCAGUGCCUUUCUUCUCAUGUAGUGGCAGUGAGUUUGAGGAGAUGUUUGUGGGGGUGGGAGCCAGGAGGGUGAGGGACCUUUUUUCAGCAGCAAAGAAACGGUCCCCUUGUAUUAUCUUCAUUGAUGAGAUAGAUGCAAUUGGGGGGAGUCGCAACCCAAAGGAUCAGCAGUACAUGAAGAUGACUUUAAAUCAGUUGCUCGUUGAGCUGGAUGGUUUCAAGCAGAAUGAAGGGAUUAUUGUGGUCGCUGCAACUAACUUCCCAGAAUCUCUGGACAAAGCAUUGGUGAGACCUGGACGGUUCGACCGUCAUAUUGUCGUUCCUAACCCAGACGUCGAAGGAAGAAGGCAGAUUAUGGAAUCUCACAUGUCAAAGGUUUUGAAGGCCGACGAUGUAGAUCUAAAGAUCAUUGCUAGAGGAACGCCCGGGUUCUCUGGGGCUGACCUUGCAAACUUGGUAAAUGUUGCCGCUCUCAAGGCUGCGAUGGAUGGUGCGAAGGCAGUGAGCAUGGCUGAUUUGGAGUAUGCAAAGGACAGGAUCAUGAUGGGAAGCGAGCGGAAGUCAGCAGUCAUCUCUGAUGAAUCACGAAGGAUGACAGCUUUUCAUGAGGGUGGCCAUGCUGUAGUUGCCAUCUGCACUGAUGGGGCACAUCCAGUGCACAAGGCAACAAUUGUCCCACGAGGCAUGUCUCUUGGCAUGGUUAUGCAGCUGCCCGACAAGGACGAGACGAGUGUGUCGCGCAAGCAGUUGCUCGCGCGUCUAGAUGUUUGCAUGGGUGGGCGGGUCGCCGAGGAGCUCAUAUUUGGAGAGAAUGAGGUUACAUCUGGUGCAUCGUCUGAUCUCCAGCAGGCGACAUCUCUUGCAAGGGCAAUGGUUACAAAGUAUGGUAUGAGCAAGCAAGUUGGGCUCGUUUCUCACAACUAUGACGACAAUGGGAAGAGCAUGAGUACUGAGACCAGGCUGCUUAUUGAGGAGGAAGUGAGGCAGCUCCUGGAUAGAGCGUACAACAACGCGAAAACCAUUCUAACGACGCACAGCAAAGAGCUCCAUGCGCUUGCUAACGCAUUGCUUGCACAAGAAACACUGACAGGUAGUCAAAUCAAGAGCUUGCUUGCGCAGUUAAACUCAGACCAGCAGCAACAGGAGCAGCAGCAGACAGUCAUAUCGCAAACAAGUUCACCAGCCGUACCAGUGCCGCCGUCUCCACCUUCUGGUGCAGUAGCAUCUGCUGCUGCAAAGGCAAAGGGUGUUGCACAACCUUUAGGAUCUUGAUGCGAACCGGCUGGGUUAGAUUUAAGACUCAGCCAGUUUGGUGUUGUCGGUGGGAUACAGUGUGUAUAGUUAAUUUAAGGUGCUCUACAUGUUCUCCUUCAUAUGGGAGAGGGAGGGAUGUGCAGAUAGAAGCUACCCUCGCAUCAUCAUUCUAUCCAUCUAAGCAUCUUCCCUGACGAGCUUGAAUGUAAAACCAGGAUGUAGAAAAUUCAUGGCUGGAGUUUAAAGGAUAUUUUUCGCGGGACAUUUAUUAAUGGGCACCUUGGUGGAUACCCUUCAGUAUCCAACCUGAGUUAAUCGGACAUGGAUCCCGCCUCUUGGCCCCGACUGAUUAUUGAGUUGUGUGUACUUCGAUUCCUGA